AUGAUCGAGACCGUAAUACCUACCACUUUUGCCACACCCAAGGGCCAAAGUUUGGCGAAAAAAGAAUGGAUGCACAAAGGAACGACUACUCUGGCCUUUGUCUUCCAAGGUGGAAUCAUAGUGGCCGUGGAUAGCCGUGCCUCCAUGGGAUCGAUCAUUUCCAGUCAAACUGUCAAGAAGAUUAUUGAAAUUAAUGAAUAUAUGUUGGGGACAAUGGCGGGAUGCGCUGCGGAUUGUUCUUAUUGGGAAAGGCAUUUGAGUAAAUUGUGUAGAUUGCAUCAAGUUAAACAUGGAGAACGUGUUAGUAUCGUCGCAGCUUCAAAAAUGCUGGCGAAUAUAAUGUACUACUUCCGUGGAUACGGUUUAUCAAUGGGCACAAUGUUAGCAGGCUGGGAUCAUACGGGCCCUAAGCUUUGUUGUAUUAUGGAUGACGGAAGCAGAGUUGUAGGCAAUCUCUUCAGCGUCGGUUCAGGAUCAUUAUUUGCCUAUGGCGUAAUUGAUGAUGGUUACAAAUUCGAUUUGACAGUUGACGAGGCUGUUGAACUGGGAAAACGUGGGAUUUACCAGGCAACACUAAGAGAUGGUGGCUCUGGCGGUUGCGUUACAGUCUACCACGUUCAUCAGAAUGGGUGGACUAAAGUGGUUGAUAGACAAGAUGUAAGCGAAUUACAUCGUUUUUAUGCUAAAGAAAAGGGUGAGGAUGCCGCAAAAGUAUGA